AUGGAAUUCUCAAGCUGCUUGACUAGGGGCUCAUCUCUUCGGCAUUCACCGGCAACUCCAAGCUCAUCCCUUCGGAUAACAAAGAUUGGAACAUCCAAGGUUCCAAUCUCCAGUUUUCGCGUGAAUAAAUGGCAACGGAGUUGGUCCCUUGUAGAAGGUGGCAGGCUGGGGAUGGGCGGUGGCGGCCAACGGUGGUGGUGGGUGGUUGUUGGCUAG